AUGGUGGAACUGAUCCGAUUCCAGUUGGACGGUCCACAGGAACGGCCCGACUCCGGAAGGAACGGCCCGACUCCGGAAGGAACGGCCCGACUCCGGAAGGAACGGCCCGACUCCGGAAGGAACGGCCCGACUCCGGAAGGAACGGCCCGACUCCGGAAGGAACGGCCCGACUCCGGAAGGAACGGCCCGACUCCGGAAGGCACGGACCGACUCCGGAAGGAACGGCCCGACUCCGAAAGGAACGGCCCGACUCCGGAAGGCACGGCCCGACUCCUGAAGGGACGGGACGGCCCGACUCCGGAAGGGACGGCCCGACUCCGAAAGGGACGGCCCGACUCCGGAAGGGACGGCCCGACUCCUGAAGGGACGGCACGACUCCUGAAGGGACGGCCCGACUCCGGAAGGCACGGCCCGACUCCGGAAGGCACGGCCCGAAUCCGGAAGGCACGGCCCGACUCCGGAAGGAACGGCCCGACUCCUGAAGGGACGGCCCGACUCCGGAAGGAACGGCCCGACUCCGGAAGGAACGGCCCGACUCCGGAAGGAACGGCCCGACUCCGGAAGGAACGGCCCGACUCCGGAAGGAACGGACUCCGGAAGGAACGGACUCCGGAAGGGACGGCCCGACUCCGGAAGGGACGGCCCGACUCCGGAAGGGACGGCCCGACUCCGGAAGGGACGGCCAGGGACGGCCCGACUCCGGAAGGGACGGCCCGACUGCUGAAGGAACGGACUCCGGAAGGAACGGCCCGACUCCGGAAGGAACGGCCCGACUCCGGAAGGAACGGCCCGACUCCGGAAGGAACGACCCGACUCCGGAAGGAACGGCCCGACUCCGGAAGGAACGGCCCGACUCCGGAAGGAACGGCCCGACUCCGGAAGGAACGGACUCCAGAAGGAACGGCCCGACUCCGGAAGGAACGGCCCGACUCCGGAAGGAACGGCCCGACUCCGGAAGGAACGGCCCGACUCCGGAAGGGACGGCCCGACUCCUGA